ACUGUUACUUCACUUCAGUAAAUAUUUAUUUUUUAUUAUAAAUAUUUAUAAUGGAAACUAAACCAAAAAGUGAACAUUUGCUAGAAUUGAAAGUGAUGAGAUUAACAAGACCCACACUUGCAAGUCCAGUAGUUGUUACAUGUGAUUCAACAGACCUUCCUGGUAAUACAUUAAAUAAUGAGCUUAAAAAUGAUUGUACUGCUUUACAAGGAAUGGAAACUCUUGCAGUAGGACAGUUUAUGGUAUUACCACAAAGUUUUGGGUAUGUAUAUGUAAAUAGAUAUCAACAAUUUCACAUUAAAAUUGUGUGUAUAUUUCUUUCCAGGAAUAUAUAUUUAGGUGAAAUAUUUUCAAGUUAUCUUUGUGUACAUAAUGGAAGUAAUCAGUUAGUAAAAAAUGUAACUGUUAAAGCAGAUUUACAAACAAGUACUCAAAUUAUUCCUCUUUGUGGUAGUAAUGGAGAAAUGAAAGAUUUAGCACCUGAUAAUACAGUUGAUGAAGUAAUACAUCAUGAAGUAAAAGAAAUAGGAACACAUAUACUAGUUUGUGAAGUAACUUAUACAUCUACAAAUUUAGGAGGCAUAUCUCAAUCGUUUAGAAAAUAUUUUAAAUUUCAAGUGGUUAAGCCAUUAGAUGUAAAAACAAAGUUUUAUAAUGCAGAGUCAGAUGAAGUAUAUUUAGAAGUUGAAAUACAAAAUCUGACAGCAGGGCCAAUAUGUUUAGAGAAAGUUUCACUUGAGUCAUCUCAUUUAUUUAGUGUAUCAACAUUAAAUACAAAUGAAAAAGGUGAAUCCAUUUAUGGAUUAGUUAAUUUAUUAGAUACCGAUUGCAGUAGACAAUAUUUAUAUUGCUUAAAACCGCAGUUAAGUUUAUUGAAAGAUCCGAAAAUGAUGCAUAAUGCAACAAACAUUGGUAAAUUUGAUAUUGUGUGGAGAAGUAACUUAGGAGAAAGAGGAAGAUUACAAACAAGUCAAUUACAAAGAACGGCGCCUGAAUACGGCGAUAUAAGAGUUACUAUGAAAGAUAUUCCUUUAAAAGUUUAUCUUGAACAAUCAGUUAAUUUUAAUUGCCACAUCAUUAAUACGUCGGAAAGAAGUAUGGAUUUAAUGUUGAGCUUGGAAUCGAAUGAAUCUAUAGCAUGGUGUGGAAUAUCUAACACAACAAUAGGAACAUUAAAACCUGGUGUAUCAAUAGAUAUUCCUUUAUGCUUAAUUCCAUUACGUAGCGGUAUCAUUAUCAUUUCAGGAUUAAAAUUAGUAGAUACAUUUUUGAAGAGGGUGUAUGAUUACGACGGUUUAACACAAAUAUUUGUCAGUCAAAAAGACUAAUAUGUUGUUUUAUAAAAUAAUAAAAAUAUAUUUAUUAAA